CCCCCCACAUGGCCCACCCAGGCUCUGGGAGGGAGGGCACCCGCAAGAGCCUGACUUAGAAGGGGAUGCGCAAAGGCGCGCUCCUUCCCCAGACACACACAAGCUAUCCGGGGAGAAGCGGAGCAAGCACCACCCCAAAGGCGUCGCAGCAGGUGGAGAUAUUUUCCCCGUGAAGAGUAAAGAUUCCACAACUGUAGAAGUACCCCAUAAGCAUCAUCAACUGGGAAACAAGGAGCAGUAUGACAGGACCGUCUGUCUGAGUCUAAAGUGUGAAGACCACCACAUCCACCAGAAAAGCCAGGAUGGAUCUCCACCAAAGCCCCACAGCCAGGCUCCUGCAGAAAUGGUGUUCCCAUGAGUCACCAUUUGGCUGCAGGAGACAUUAUAAUAGCAGGAAAAAACUGAAGCUAAUUCGAGUCAUUGGCCUUGUCAUGGGCCUGGUAGCUGUGAGCACUGUCCCAUUUUCAAUCAGUGCCUUUACUGAGACAGGCUCUCAGAGCAACAGAGGAGAAGCCAGUGAUGUGAGUGGCCCCAGGGUAGCACAGGGUCACCGUCAAAGAACUCUCUUAGACUUAAAUGACAAGAUUCGAGAUUACACCCCACAGCCACCUGCUUCUCAGGAAGGCCAAGCUGAGAACAGCACUGAGCACACCCCAGGAGACUACCCGAGGGACAUCUUUUCCCUGGAGGAGCGAAGGAAAGGUGCCAUCAUUCUGCAUGUCAUCGGAAUGAUCUAUAUGUUCAUAGCAUUAGCCAUCGUCUGUGAUGAGUUCUUUGUUCCUUCUCUAACUGUCAUCACUGAAAAACUGGGAAUCUCUGAUGAUGUGGCCGGAGCCACCUUCAUGGCUGCAGGCGGGUCAGCCCCAGAACUUUUCACGUCUCUUAUAGGGGUCUUCAUUGCUCACAGCAAUGUCGGCAUUGGCACCAUCGUGGGUUCCGCCGUGUUCAAUAUUCUCUUUGUUAUUGGCAUGUGUGCUCUGUUUUCUAGAGAAAUCCUAAACCUGACCUGGUGGCCACUCUUUCGGGAUGUGUCCUUCUACAUCGUUGAUUUGCUCAUGCUGAUCACGUUUUUCCUGGAUAACGUUAUCAUGUGGUGGGAAAGCUUGCUCCUCUUAACAGCUUACUUUGCCUAUGUGGUUUUCAUGAAGUUCAACGUCCAAGUAGAGAGAUGGGUGAAGCAAAUGAUAACUCGCAAUAAUGUUAUCAAGGUGACAGUGCCAGAAGCCCAAGCAAAGCUCUCAGAAUUCCCUCCAGCCUCACAGGCAGAUGGGAGGACAGCUUGCCCUACAAUAACAAAUGACCCUGACUGCCAGAGUCUGUGUUUCGAGGUCUACCCUGAGACAGCCAGGCAUGGGUCCUGCAUAACGAAUGUGAAUGGAGAGCCGCUGAAAGAAAAGACCCAGAACAGCUGUAUGGAAGAGUCACCUACAGCUGGGGACAAGGAUGAGCCAACUUUACCGGUAGGGAGCAGUAGCCCUGCCUGUUCCUGUGCCAGUGAAGAAUGUGUAGCAGAGUCGAAGCCACGCCUCCAGCGAGGUGGAAGCUCUGCCUCCCUCCACAACAGUCUCAUGAGGAACAGCAUCUUCCAGCUCAUGAUACACACCCUUGACCCACUCGCUGAAGAACUUGGAUCAUAUGGAAAACUAAAAUAUUAUGACACAAUGACUGAAGAAGGGAGGUUCAGAGAAAAAGCUUCAAUCCUCCACAAGAUCGCCAAGAAGAAAUGCCAAGUGGAUGAGAACGAGAGGCAGAAUGGGGCUGCCAAUCAUGUGGAGAAAAUUGAACUCCCCAACAGCACAAGCACAGAGGUGGAGAUGACACCAUCGAGCGAAGCUUCAGAACCUGUCCAGAAUGGAAACCUCUCCCACAACAUUGAAGCUGCAGAUGCCCCGAAGGCCACAGAGACUGCCGAGGAAGAAGAUGACCAGCCCCUCAGCCUGUCCUGGCCAACCAACCCCCGCAAGCAGGUCACCUUCCUAAUCGUUUUUCCCAUCGUGUUCCCUCUCUGGAUCACCUUACCUGACGUCCGCAAACCUGCUUCCAGGAAGUUCUUCCCAAUCACAUUCUUCGGCUCCAUCACUUGGAUCGCAGUUUUCUCAUACCUGAUGGUGUGGUGGGCACACCAGGUUGGAGAGACAAUUGGCAUUAGUGAAGAAAUCAUGGGUCUGACCAUCUUGGCUGCUGGGACCUCUAUCCCUGAUCUUAUCACCAGUGUCAUAGUGGCCCGAAAGGGCCUGGGGGACAUGGCUGUGUCCAGCUCUGUUGGAAGCAACAUCUUUGACAUCACUGUGGGGCUCCCACUGCCCUGGCUCCUCUACACCAUCAUCCACAGAUUCAGCCCAGUGACUGUCAGCAGCAAUGGCCUCUUCUGUGCCAUCGUCCUCCUCUUCAUCAUGUUGCUUUUUGUCAUUCUCUCCAUCGCCCUCUGCAAAUGGCGGAUGAACAAAAUCCUCGGCUUCAUCAUGUUUGGCCUCUACUUCGUGUUCCUGGUGGUCAGCGUCCUCCUGGAAGACAAAGUUCUCGUGUGCCCUGUCUCCAUCUAGUGGAAAAGCCAUAUCUUAAACCAACAGCAUGGAUAGUCCCUCCCGGCUCUGGGCUCCAGGCUCCUUGCAGUCUUGAGAAGAGGCAGCUUGUGCACAGCCCUGGGAGGCAAGUAUCCCUCCUUGGAAGGUUGGAGGAAGGAUGGAUUCCCACGGGGCCAUUCACUUCACAGGCACCUCGCCCUUGCCUGAUGAAAGAACUCCAUGUAAGAGACAAAGAGGACCUCCAUCACCACUGACAGGUACUCCUCGCUGGUCGGAGGUACGUUCAUUGUGAUGACACAAAAGAGGACAGAGGCUAUACAUACAUAUAAAUACAAAUAUUAUAAAUAUAUACACAUGAGCAUACAAAUCUUGCCUGUUUCUGUACUAUACCUCUUCUCCUAGACCUAUAGAUUAAUACAUACCUGUACACAAACAGAAAGAAAAAUUAUAUAUAUAUAAACAUAUAUUUAAGUGCAAAUGCAUCUUUUCAGGGAUAGCUCUAGUAUAUUUAUAGUACCUAUUUGAAGAGGGGCAUCAACUUUCAACCUUCAGUUUGUGCUUUGCCCCUCAAAUGCAAAAGCUGAAUUAACAGAAUCAGUAGGCAAAGUGCUCUUUGCUAUGGUUUCUAUCCUGCUUUGGAUGUACUAAGUUUAGUGAAAUUCUUUGCAGAAGGAGAGCUUAAUAGAGGGAGUCUGUAGGAGCCCCAUAUAGAACCUCUAAAAUACUCUCACAAGCCAAAAAAAAAAAAAAUCACCUCCCCACUGGGGUGCUCUGAGACCCUUGGGAUUCCAUAAGACAGGUGACACUCAGACUGGGUGGCAAGGAGAGGGAUCUGCUGAGGGUUGGGCUGUUUUGGUUUGGUUUGUUUUCUUGUAAUGCCCCAGCAUGCAAGUAGAUGGUAUGAAUGAAAAACCAAAGUAGUGCUUUUCUAGGACAGCAAAAAUUAUAUAAACUGAACCUAUCAUGUUCCAGUGCACGGCCCAUUAUCAUCAAACGACCAAGGGCAAUCUUAGCCAUGACUGUCAUCUGACAUGCUUUAAUACCAAGGGCUCCCACACAGUCCAAAGUCCUGCCAAGAGCGCUGAGAUGUGUGCUGAAAAUCACCGUCCAGCAGAGGUGCUCAGUGGGGGUUGCCACCUAAUGGGAACAUAAGGGCAUAGCUCCUUGCUCCUUAGAGCAUUUUUCAGUGCAGUCACAAAGGGCUGCAGUGUCUAAGAUUGUUCCCAGUAGAUCUAAACUAAAGACUGGCAGUGUUUGAUUGAGGCUGUUCAGGUUUGUUUGCAGAGGCCCCCACCCCCCUCACCCCAGAACAGUUUCCAAGUCCAAUGUCACAGAUUUGGUCUGUAGACUCAUACAACAUCUGUAUCCUGCCUCCCAUCAUAACCUCAUCUGGAACUUUAGCAUUCCAAGCACAGUGGAGACAGUACAUGUUCCAUCGUUUCUUUACACUACUUGGAAGCAGUCACUCUGAUAUCUUGCUCAGCUUUACAUGGGGUCAUCUCAUUCACUGAGUGUCCCCAAGCUCUGUCUGACAUCUUGUAUGACUUCUACAAGGUUUAUUUCAGUAGAAAAUGGGACUGGCUGGCAGCAAAUUACAUUUAAAAAAAAAAAUAUGUAGAGUUUUUCAUUUCCCUAAACCAUACUUUCUCCUUAAAAAUCAACUGAAAACGUAAAGAGAGGGUGGCCCCCUGAGUGUAAAUUGGCACAUGUCAUGCACGGAGAAUGUCACCACGUAUUCACGUCCUGAUCUGGCACUAUGCCUAUUCUGAUUGUUGUGAACACCACUUAACACAGGGAGGCAGGCAGGAUGCAGAACUCAAAGCUGAAUUAAAAAGGUCGGGUAACCCAAUACUGCAGCUCAAGUUCAGCAUUCCAUCUACAAAGGCUCCAUUUACAGAGCUCAGCAAGGCAGGCAGAGCAAGCCCCUCACCUCUCUUCACUCAUAAGCAAAAGGCACUUCAAAGUGGAGGCCCCCUGAGGACACAAGAAAUAAAAAGGUCUGCCACCAAAGAAACUGGCUUUCAAGUCUCUCCAACAAUGCAGAGUUGGGAUUUCAAUGGUGAAAGAGAAAUCCAUGCCCCAUUUAUCAAGGGUUGGAUUUUGUAUGGGGCAAGUAUUUGGGUUGCUUCCUUACAGAGAAAGACAAAGGAAAAGUGAGUUUUCAGUUCUAAAAUCUCAGAUUCUUGUCCUGGCUGCUCAGAUGAGAGCAUGAUGAUUGUUGGAUAAAUUCUGAUUUCUGGUUGGUUUAUUGCUGAAAACGUAUAAUUUUUUAAAAGCCAACUACAAGUGGACUGUAAAGUAAGAAAGGUCAGAGAAUGUCUUCUCCCAUCAUGAGUAUCCCCUCCUCACCAAGAAGCCAGGAAGCACUCCAGGUGCCUAAGAGAUUUCUGCUUCGUAGGGAGAGUUGUGGUCUUGAACAAAAGUUGCUUUGAGAAGACAACAUUCCCAAAGCCAGCCCCCACUUCUAUGGUGUCCCCCCCACCUCCCUGAGAGGUGCAGGCAUCAUCUGCUGCUAGCUCUUGCUGCCUUGUCUGAGGAGUGUGUGGCUGUGUGGCCAUAUGUUGUCCUGGAAUCAUUCACAUCAUUGUAAAACUGCUUCCUACAGGAUAGAUUCAGAACAUCUCCAAUUUCUUUCUUGCAUGUCAGUGUGUGCAAGUGUACUGGGUCUGCUGACAGACAAUAUCAAGGGCAGCAUCAUCCUACUGGUCCAAUCACACUUGGAAUCCCAAAGCAAAGAGCAUCGGAUUUGACAGUCAAGGAAGAGGAAACUCAUGCACACUGACCAAAGUGGGCAUUUUUGAACAAAAGGGUUUGUUUUUUUUUAUUCUGUGCACAUAUCCACACAAACAUUCACAUACCAUUCCAACUACAGAAUGUAGGAAAUGGGCAGCUGUGUCCCUGUUGCUUUCAGAGAAGUAAAAAUAUGCAACAAGAGGCAUGGGAAAAGAAUUUUAGACUGCUGUCUCUUUGCUUCUCCGGAGCAGGGUAUGAAAUAAUAUCAAAAGUUCAAGCCAAAAUUUUACCACUCAUCCUAAAAUAAAGGAAUUGUACCCAAAUGGGAAAUUUGGUACUCAGAGAAAAGCCAAGCCAGUCUUGCUUGCUGUCAUCUCUGCUAUAGCCUUAGGCAACCCUGAAACAGGAGAGAAACUUGGUUCAGACCGAGGAAUCUAAAAUAGAAACUCCUAGAUUCGCAUUUGAGAGUGUCCAUGACACAUCCACCUGCCCUCUGGACCUGGCCGGUCUCUGAUGGGAUGAAGCAUGAGAUUAAUGGUGUGAUUCAACUUCCCAGGACCUAAACAUGCCAGACAGAGUCAGCAGGGCAGAGUCCAUGUGCAGAGGCUCAGAGAUGGGGUUAUUCAUCAGCUCAGCAGAUGAUGCGGAAUGUCUGAAGACUCACUUUAGAGUCAUGAAAAGAGGCAAGGACCGUCUAGUGUUCACGGAAAAUGCUUUGCAAGGCCUCUGACAGGGGUCAUUAGAAGUUACUUCAUAGGGAAGACAUGAGUCAGGAAGUUUGGAGGCCUUUCAGCAAAACAUAGCUGCCUCCGUGAUUAGAUUUUUGGUGACAUUAAAAUAUAUAUAUAUAUCUGCUCCUGGCCAGAGAGAGUUGGCCAACUCCCCUAUACCACUAUUUCCCACAUCUUUUAAAUGCCUCUAUGACUUGAGAUGAGGGAAGAUGGUGUCUGUAAAAGAAGGUUAUCCACACCCAGACCACCUUAACAGAAAGUUGUUCACAGAAGAGGCAAUGCUUAGAGCUACUGGCCAGUCAGAGGGGGAGAUGGAAUCUAAAGUAUUCUAUUGAGAGAAUUACACUGAAGCAUUUGAUAGGGUUUGAUGCCUGUCUGAAUGAAGCAUUUCAGAGAAUUUCGGUAGACUUUCACACAAACACACAUGCACACACACUUGAGUGUGCAGGCACACACAAAUCCUAUUCUUCAUUGCACCCAGAAAGAUUGAGACCCCAACAAGUAGCAUGUUACAGACAGCAGGUGUGUUCCAGAAAAAAGCAUGCUAUAGAAACGAACACCUACCCUUAACGUAUUCUCUUGGCCUAAUAAUUUUUAAGCUGUCAUCCUCAAUUCCCAUGCCUCUCACAACAUUCUUUUCAAUUAGCAGACAAGGUCUUCUCAGUAAGAGAGAGUUGGUAGAAAAAUAUAAAACUCAAAGGGGGAGGGGAGAAGAAAAGAUUAUUUAUUUGUAAUAGGAUUCCUAAGAAAGCAACCAAAUAUACCUAUGGUGUUUAAAGUGGUUAUGAAUAACAGACAUUUUUAAACAGUUACUAGAGUCUAUACACAUCCUACAUUUAUUUGAAAAGCACAUGUCAAGAAGGACUCAGGAAAGAAAGGUACCUGUGCCUUGCCCCAGUGUCUGUCUGAGUUCAGCUUACUGCCUUUGAAUCUUUGUGGUCCUUUUUAAUCUCACAGCUUCGUAUUCUUUGAAAUAUAUAGCUAAGAAAAGCAAUAAAGGAAAUACAGCCAGCUCAGAUCCAAUACAUAUUAUUGCACCUUCGAGCUAUUUCUCUCAUGUCACUGGGCACUUUGGGUCCACAGAGGCUGUCGUUGCCACAGCAAUGAGGACAUAGGCCUCUGUGCAAUCACAGAUGUGCUCAUGUUCGCUACAUCUGGAAGUAGCUUGCUUCCCAUGUAGACCGCCCAGACAGCAUGAAUCCACAUGCCUUUCUCACACAUAGACAAUCAACCUCGCUUUAGACUACCUACAUGGCACCAAAGUCUUUAAUCUUGUUUGUGAGUCUUUUCUUAAGAAAGGGUGGGAGAAAGGGCCACACGAGGGACAAACAGAAGGACAAACAAAUGCAUGACCUAGCCAGGCUUUGAGAGAUCAACCUAGUUCUGAAAGUUUAGGCACAUGGGCUCAAAUUAUUGUACAGUGAGGGACUGAAUGGAGAAUCAUGGUGCCUAAACCAAAGCACUUUUCCUAAGAGACUGAUGGACUGGGCUGGAAAAUCAAAGAGUACCUAAGGAUGAAGGAAUGCUGUGGACUUGCACGGGCUCCCACCAGAGACUGAUUGCACUGGGAGAAUCUGUCUACUGGUUACUAUAGUACCAAGGAGCACUGAUAUUAAGUCAUCAUGGGAUAUCAGUAAAAAGUUCCGAGUGUGACCAAGGUCAGUGUUUGACACUGACAGAAGAACCCCAUCCUGCUUAACCCUAAGACCCCACAGCUGAUGACUUUUUUUAUUUGUUUGCUUUGCUUUUCUUUUCUUUUCUGCGUUUCCUUUGUGGCAGAAGUCAACUGCUUUUGAACACUUUUUGAUCUGUAUCCAUGACACGAUUUAAAGUUGCCACUGGAGGACCCUGUACCUAUUUUCAUCAAAAGCACCCUUGAAUUUUUGUUCAUUUGUUUAGGUGUUUUCUUCCUCCUCCUCCUCCUCCUCCUCCUCCUC